GUAACAGCUUUUUAUUAUAAAUAAUGCUGUACAAUAAAUUGUAAGAGUGCCUAUAUUUCUCUAGUAAACAAACCGAAUAAUACCGCCUCGACUGGAUACUUGCUUUAGUCAAAAAUAGAGGACGAAAACCUUUGUGUUAGGUGCAUUCUCUCUGUUGACUGUUCCAUAAAUGGAACGCAAAACGCUUUGUACAGUAUUGCGCUUCAUGUGUAUCAUCGCGUAUCUACCAUUAUUCAAGCAGUGAACUAAUGUGACCCUUCUUUAGAUUGGAUACGGAUAUGAUAGCUUCUAAUUAAAUUGUACAAAUUGCGAAAAUGGGCGUAAAAAAUCUUCGUGGGUUGAUAGAAUGUAAUCCUUCUCUACAACAACGACACUUCCUUCAUGGUGGCACCGUGGUUAUUGACGGCUGGAAUCUUGCAUUUCGUUUAUAUCUCGAAGCCUCAUUCGAUUGCAUACUCGGAGGCGAGUACUCUCGGUACGCCGACGCAGUCCGUUGUUACUUCCGGUUAUAUAAGGACGCGAAUGUCCACUGCGUGGUAAUGCUGGACGGCGCGUAUGAUCCAUCAAAUAGCAAACUUCGAACUAUUCAAAAACGCAAUAUGGAUCGUAUUAGUCAAAUGAAGCGUCUGAAGGGGGCCGAUGCUGAGAAAAUUAAAGUUAUGCCGCCAUUGGCCACGGAUGUGUACAGAACAGUUCUUGCCGAUUUAGACGUCGAGAUGAUUCAGUGUGUUUUUGAAGCAGACGAACACAUUGCUCGUCGAGCAAAUCAACUAAAUUGUCCUGUCAUUUCUGAUGACUCUGACUUUUUUGUUUAUGAUUUGAAGGGUGGCUUAAUUCCAUUAAGCUCGCUUAACCGCGAAACGACUAUGAAACAGUUGAACCCGAACGGGCCGACUGUUAAAGGCAUUGAUUGCAAAAUAUACAAAGUCGAAAAUCUACUCAACAAGUUCAACCCCGAAUUCAAUCGGGAACUGCUUCCACUCUUCGGCACCAUUGUUGGCAACGAUUUUGUGGCAGAGGAUACGUUUUCUCAUUUUUUCCAAACAAUACGUGCACCGCGCGACUGUAGGCUACACUAUAACCCGCCACACGCAACAAUGGUAGCCAUGCUCAGCUUUCUAUCGCGACAGAAAUCGCUUGAAGAGUGUAUAGACAUUGUGCUAAGAUGUACUCCAAAAGAGCGUCGCGACAAACUACACAACCUAAUGAAAGAUGGGAUCGCUAGGUAUAGGUCAGAGUUCUCUGAUGAGCGGGUCACUUACAAAAAUGGAGUACCUAUGCCUGACUGGGUUGUACAGAAAUUCAGAGCUGGCGAAGUGCCGUCAGAAGUCAUUACGAUGGCGACUACAGGCAUCCAUUUUCUGUUUGUCAAAGUUGAAGUGGUCAGCAUGAUUAGCUCGUACCAGGUGUCAUUACUUCUCCGAAAAUCGUUGUAUAGGUUAGUAUUUAAGGGUCAUGCCAGUAUGGUUCAAGAGUUGGACCGAAGCGGACAUGAUAUGCAAUUCCAGGAUAUCGAAUUCACGACAGGAGAAGUUGGCUUAUCGGAAAUUCCCGACUUGAGCGCGGAUCAACGCCGUACCAUUUUAAUUAAUUGUAUUCAACCAAAAGUUCAUUGUGCUGACCUUGUAAAACUUCCUGCGGGGAAAUUGCUGAUGUAUGCACUUGAAUAUUUGGUUCUUAAUACGAUGAUCGAAUGGGAGUUUGCUUUGUCAUUACUUGUGAUGCACGUGGCGGUACAGGCGACAGCGGCACGAACGAUGACCGAACGUGUAAAUUAUUUGUUAGGAAUAUACGUGAACUCUAAACAGGUACAAGGUUUUUCUAGUUUCUAUAAGAAACCGACAUCCGGGCAACGCCUUGAUCUCGAUCUUAUCUACAAGACAAAUCAGUACACAGGAUGUUUGGAUACAAUCCACGCGCUAAAUCAAGUGCUUGGCGCCCACAAGAUUAAUUUUAAAUUUCAUUUGGUAAUGAAUGGUGUGUUUCUGCACAAUUUCUACAAGGACCUUAAGGGGAGACCUCAGCCGCACCGAUAUCUUGCUAACCAUCUACAACCAAAUUCCCGGUUGCACCUGAAAUUUGAGGAACUAUGGUCACAAGUGUUUCAGCGCCUUUUCUCUGAAUCAAGAGACCAGAGAUAAUGUAAUGAGAAUGUUGAUUUGAUUUUCACCGCAAACCGAUCCCUAAAAGUCUCUCUAUCAAUUAUGGUUUGUUUUUAGAAACAAAGAUUCUGUUUUGUAAAAUUAUAUAUUUAAAUUAAAUAUCCAUGUGGCUCUAAAGUACAGGAAUUAUGUUUACUAAUAGGAUUACCCAUAUAUACCGCUAAAACAGUGCAGAAACCCACACGAAGAAAGAAUUAUAGAACAUUCUAUAAGUUAGAGUUGAAUUUAAUCUAUCAAACUGGGCAAGGUACGUUGUCUGCAACAACAUAUUCGGAGGUAGAAUGUAAGGGAGCCCAUCUCAAAUUCUCUCAAUAAAAUCAUUUCGUAAUUUUUUCUAAUGGCAGUCUAUUUGUUAAAGUUGUCACUACGUAAGAAUAAACAAUAAUUUGUCAUGUAGUCAUUAUCGAGAAAAACUAUAGUCCAUUUUUGAUUUGAAGAUUCAUAUGAACUUCGACUCAUACGAAGGUUCUUGUCUGUUCAUCUGUAUAUGAUUUAAAAGUAAAGAGACGUCAACGAAAGGCGAUAAAGGUAAUAUGAAAAAAUUGUGGUACCAUUAAGAAUGUUUAAACAGGGUCUAUGUUGAAUAAAACUAUUUCAUGUUUGACCCACAAGCAUCAGGCCACGCAUUUAUCGUAUUGUAGGUGUUGCAAAUUCGAAUUUCUUUUGGUGCUGUUUUCUAGGAAAAGCAGCAUGACAUUUUGACCCGUCAUUGAAAAACGACAUUACCGAAAGGAAGGAAACAAACAUCAAAAACGAACACUUGAUUUAAAUGUAAUAGUCU